GGACUUGGGGUUAUUUAUUUGAGACGCGCCUGGACGGCGGAGGUUGGAGGCGGCGGCGGCGGUGGCUGCCGCAGACGGUGGUUAAAAAAAGGAGGAGGAGGCGGCGGCGGCGAGGGAUGGGAGCAGCCAGGCUCCCGGGCGCAGGCCGGAGCUGCCCAGCUUUCCCGUGGCUGUGGGGGUGCUGAGGAGGAAGGGGAGCAUCCCGGGGGGCCCGCAGCCGGCUCCAGACGCGCGGGCUGGGCUUUUUGUUCGGCUGCGCUCAGCGCCUGGCAGCCGGAGCGAACAACUCCAGUUCCUGCAACAACCCACCUUCCUGCAGCCCGGCGAGACUUAGGCUGCUGCGUCCGUCCUAUUGUUCAGACACUUGCCGGGGGCUCCCGAGCGGCGGUCCCUGCCAUCGUCGCCGCCUUCCCUCUCCCUCCACCUUCCUCCCGGGAGCAGGAGGCGCCGAAAGCAGCCGAGAGAGGGUCUGGGGCUGGCAGCAAAGACCGGCUCCCAGACCGCGUCCGCAGAGUCAGGUGCAGCGUCCGGAGCCCAGCAGCAUCUCAACGUCGGUGGGUGGACUCUCCCGGUGGCCGUGGGAGACCGGAUCCAACGCCUGAGAAAACUUCCUGCACUUUGAGGAGGAGGAUCCAUACUUGUAGGGGGCUGCUUAGGGGAGGUGGAGAGGCUGCGCUUGCCGGGAGCUCCCUGUUGUUUCUCCCACCUCUGCCAUCAGGUGUCUGCUGCUGAGCUGCCGCGUAUCCGGGAGACCAGAGGGGCUGACACUCACGCGUACACCCGACUGCCAUUCGGCGGUCGCCUGGGGUUUGCCAGGGAUAGCAGAUCCCAUCCUCCCGCCAUCCACCUAGUCAUUGACCAGGACGCCCUAGCAGCACUGCCAUCGCAGACACCUCUACCUGGCCUUUGCUUUUCUCCUCCUUCCGGCCUGCCUGCCUGCGAGUCCUGCCCGUGCCAAUUCCCACUGGUCCUCAACUUGGCCUCCUUGAUUUCCUCUGCAGGGGUGCAGACUAGUGGAUAUUCCUGCAGGGCUGCAGCGCUCCGACUGCCCUUUUGUCUUUCCGUGUGACCUCAGGGGCAGGCCUUGGUGCAGCGCGUCGCCAAGGACGCCAGGCGGGAGGCGGGAUUGCUGAGACAUCCUUCAUUGGAGCGCGUGUGUGUGCAAGCCAUCCCUGGCUGUCGGGAGAUUGAGAAGACCGGUCCGAGCUGCUGCUGAGUGACAGGAGAGGAGAGGCACUGUGCGCAGAGCCCUCCGCCCCGCAGCGCCUCCCGGCGCCCCCAGGACUGUCUGAACACCCGGUGCGCCCCCACGCGCCAUGCCCAGUAUCUCCGCGCGCUCUGCUCAGGACCCACGGGGCUCUUGCGCCUUCUAGCUUCAGGGAGCCCACUUUGAUCCGGGCCACCCUUCCUGUUGAGCUCCCCUCUUCUGUCUUGCACUUCCCCACUGGAAUCCGAUCUGCGAGACAGUACGCGGGAUCUGAAGUCCUACCUUGUCCACAGGCAACCAGCCCCUGCAUCUUCGAGAUCACUAGGAGUCCAGGCUUUUCUUUUUUUAAACCGUCAAGUUGAUUCUUGCGAGACACAAGACGCGCUAUCUCCGCUUGGCUGUUCUCAGAGACUCCUCACAGACCUGGCUCGGCCUAUUGAUCUUCAGGACCUAAACUUGCCCGCGGAUCUGUGAGGCUAGAAAAGCAAGGCGUGGAGAGGCAGGGGAAGGCUAGCCGUGUGCUUCUGCCAACUCUACUGCCUUCUAUUACUGUUUUAGUUUAUUUCUGUACACACUUCCCGGGUACUCUGGGCGGCUAGACCCGAGCCAGGCACUGGGCCUCGGACACUGCCGGGGUUCGCUGGGAACAGAGAAGCCCCCCAAAGCGAAGAGCCUGAAGAAGAUGAGUGGCGUUGGCUGGCAAACACUGUCCCUGUCGCUGGGGUUAGUGUUAGCCAUCCUGAACAAGGUGGCCCCGCAGGCGUGCCCGGCACAGUGCUCCUGCUCAGGCAGCACGGUAGACUGUCAUGGGCUGGCACUGCGCAGCGUGCCCAGGAAUAUCCCCCGGAACACCGAGAGACUGGAUUUGAAUGGAAAUAACAUCACAAGGAUUACGAAGUCAGAUUUUGCUGGUCUCAGACACCUAAGAGUUCUUCAGCUCAUGGAGAACAAGAUUAGCACCAUUGAGAGGGGGGCCUUCCAGGACCUUAAAGAGCUGGAGAGACUGCGUUUAAACAGAAAUCACCUUCAGCUGUUUCCUGAGCUGCUGUUUCUCGGGACUGCGAAGCUCUACAGGCUUGAUCUCAGUGAAAAUCAAAUUCAAGCCAUUCCAAGGAAGGCUUUUCGUGGGGCAGUUGACAUUAAAAACUUGCAACUGGAUUACAAUCAGAUCAGCUGCAUUGAGGAUGGGGCAUUUAGAGCUCUGCGGGACCUGGAGGUGCUCACUCUCAACAAUAACAACAUUACUAGACUUUCUGUGGCAAGUUUCAACCAUAUGCCUAAACUUAGGACGUUUCGACUGCAUUCGAACAACCUGUACUGCGACUGCCACCUGGCCUGGCUCUCAGACUGGCUUCGCCAAAGGCCUCGUGUGGGCCUGUACACUCAGUGUAUGGGCCCUUCCCACCUGAGGGGUCAUAAUGUAGCAGAAGUUCAAAAACGAGAAUUUGUCUGCAGUGAUGAGGAAGAAGGUCACCAGUCAUUUAUGGCUCCCUCCUGCAGCGUGCUACACUGCCCAGCUGCUUGUACCUGCAGCAACAAUAUCGUAGACUGCCGGGGGAAGGGUCUCACUGAGAUCCCCACAAAUCUGCCAGAGACCAUCACGGAAAUACGUUUGGAACAGAACUCAAUCAGGGUCAUCCCUCCUGGAGCUUUCUCACCAUACAAAAAGCUUAGAAGAAUAGACCUGAGCAAUAAUCAGAUCUCUGAGCUUGCACCAGAUGCUUUCCAAGGCCUGCGCUCUCUGAAUUCACUUGUCCUCUAUGGAAAUAAAAUCACAGAACUACCAAAAAGUUUAUUUGAAGGACUAUUUUCCCUACAGCUACUAUUAUUGAAUGCCAACAAGAUAAACUGCCUUCGGGUAGAUGCUUUUCAGGAUCUUCACAACUUGAACCUUCUCUCCUUGUAUGACAACAAGCUUCAGACAAUUGCCAAGGGCACCUUCUCUGCUCUCAGAGCCAUCCAAACUAUGCAUUUGGCCCAGAACCCAUUUAUUUGUGACUGCCAUCUCAAGUGGCUGGCGGAUUAUCUCCAUACCAACCCAAUUGAGACCAGUGGUGCCCGCUGCACCAGCCCCCGCCGCCUGGCUAACAAAAGAAUCGGACAGAUCAAAAGCAAGAAAUUCCGUUGUUCAGGUACAGAAGAUUAUCGAUCAAAAUUAAGUGGAGACUGCUUUGCAGACUUGGCUUGUCCUGAAAAGUGCCGCUGUGAAGGGACCACAGUAGACUGCUCCAAUCAAAAACUCAACGAAAUCCCAGACCACAUUCCCCAGUACACUGCAGAACUCCGUCUCAAUAAUAAUGAAUUCACAGUGUUGGAAGCCACAGGAAUCUUUAAGAAACUUCCCCAGUUACGUAAAAUCAACUUUAGCAACAAUAAAAUCACAGAUAUUGAGGAGGGAGCCUUUGAAGGAGCAUCUGGGGUAAAUGAAAUACUUCUCACGAGUAACCGCUUGGAAAAUGUCCGGCAUAAGAUGUUCAAAGGAUUAGAAAGCCUCAAAACCUUGAUGUUGAGAAGUAAUCGAAUAAGCUGUGUAGGGAAUGAUAGUUUCAUAGGACUCAGCUCUGUACGUCUGCUGUCUUUAUAUGACAACCAGAUUACUACAAUUGCACCUGGGGCGUUUGAUACUCUACACUCCUUAUCUACUCUAAACCUCUUGGCCAAUCCUUUCAACUGUAACUGCCACCUGGCUUGGUUGGGAGAGUGGCUGAGGAAGAAAAGGAUUGUAACAGGAAAUCCUCGAUGCCAAAAGCCCUACUUCCUCAAGGAAAUCCCAAUCCAGGAUGUAGCCAUUCAGGACUUCACCUGUGAUGAUGGAAAUGACGACAGCAGUUGCUCUCCCCUUGCUCGGUGUCCUUCGGAAUGUACUUGCUUGGAUAUGGUAGUCCGAUGUAGCAACAAGGGUCUGAAGGUCUUGCCCAAAGGCAUUCCGAGAGAUGUCACAGAAUUGUAUCUGGAUGGAAACCAGUUUACACUGGUCCCCAAGGAACUCUCUAACUACAAACAUUUGACACUUAUAGACUUAAGUAACAACAGAAUAAGCACCCUUUCCAAUCAAAGCUUCAGCAACAUGACCCAGCUUCUUACUUUGAUUCUCAGUUACAACCGCCUGAGAUGUAUUCCUGCUCGAACCUUUGAUGGAUUAAAGUCUCUUCGAUUACUAUCUCUACAUGGAAAUGACAUUUCUGUUGUGCCUGAAGGUGCUUUCAGUGAUCUUUCUGCCUUAUCACACUUAGCAAUUGGAGCCAACCCUCUUUACUGUGAUUGUAACAUGCAGUGGUUAUCCGACUGGGUGAAGUCGGAGUAUAAGGAACCUGGAAUUGCUCGCUGUGCUGGUCCUGGAGAAAUGGCAGAUAAAUUGUUACUCACAACUCCCUCCAAAAAAUUUGCAUGUCAAGGUCCUGUGGAUGUCACCAUUCUUGCCAAAUGUAAUCCCUGUUUAUCAAAUCCAUGUAAAAAUGAUGGCACCUGUAAUAACGACCCAGUUGAUUUUUAUCGGUGCACCUGUCCAUAUGGUUUCAAGGGACAGGACUGUGAUGUCCCCAUCCAUGCAUGCAUCAGUAACCCAUGUAAACAUGGAGGAACUUGCCACUUAAAAGAAGGAGAAAGAGAUGGAUUCUGGUGUAUUUGUGCUGACGGAUUUGAAGGAGAAAACUGUGAAGUCAAUAUUGAUGAUUGUGAAGAUAAUGACUGUGAAAAUAAUUCAACAUGUGUUGAUGGAAUUAACAACUACACAUGCCUUUGCCCACCUGAGUACACAGGCGAGCUGUGCGAGGAGAAGCUAGACUUCUGUGCCCAGGAUUUGAACCCCUGCCAACACGAUUCCAAGUGCAUCCUGACGCCAAAGGGAUACAAGUGUGACUGCACACCAGGAUAUGUUGGUGAGCAUUGUGACAUUGACUUUGAUGACUGCCAAGAUAACAAGUGUAAAAAUGGCGCUCACUGCACUGAUGCGGUGAGCGGUUACACAUGCAUCUGUCCUGAAGGCCACAGUGGCUUGUUCUGUGAGUUUUCUCCACCCAUGGUCCUCCCUCGUACCAGCCCCUGUGAUAACUUUGAUUGCCAGAAUGGAGCUCAGUGCAUCAUCAGGAUAAGUGAACCAAUAUGCCAGUGUUUGCCUGGCUACCAAGGAGAGAAGUGUGAAAAACUGGUCAGUGUGAAUUUUGUGAACAAAGAAUCCUAUCUUCAGAUCCCUUCAGCCAAGGUUCGGCCUCAGACAAACAUCACACUUCAGGUUGCCACAGAUGAAGACAGCGGCAUCCUCCUGUAUAAGGGUGACCAAGACCACAUUGCUGUGGAACUCUAUCGAGGGCGAGUUCGAGCCAGCUAUGACACCGGCUCUCACCCGGCUUCUGCCAUUUACAGCGUGGAGACAAUCAAUGAUGGAAACUUCCACAUUGUGGAACUGCUGGCCCUGGAUCAGAGUCUCUCCCUCUCUGUGGAUGGGGGAAGCCCUAAAAUCAUCACCAAUUUGUCGAAACAGUCCACCCUGAAUUUCGACUCCCCACUCUAUGUAGGAGGCAUGCCUGGGAAAAAUAACGUGGCUUCUCUGCGCCAGUCCCCUGGGCAGAACGGCACCAGCUUUCAUGGCUGCAUCCGGAACCUUUACAUCAACAGUGAGCUUCAGGACUUCCGGAAGGUGCCCAUGCAAACUGGCAUUCUUCCUGGCUGUGAGCCAUGCCAUAAGAAAGUGUGUGCUCAUGGCACGUGCCAGCCCAGCAGUCAAUCAGGCUUCACCUGUGAGUGUGAGGAAGGAUGGAUGGGGCCCCUCUGUGACCAGAGGACCAACGAUCCCUGUCUAGGAAACAAAUGUGUCCAUGGCACCUGCUUGCCCAUCAACGCAUUCUCCUACAGUUGUAAGUGCCUUGAGGGCCAUGGGGGUGUUCUCUGUGAUGAAGAAGAGGAUCUGUUUAACCCCUGCCAGAUGAUCAAGUGCAAACAUGGGAAGUGCAGACUCUCAGGACUCGGGCAGCCCUACUGUGAGUGCAGCAGUGGAUACACCGGGGAUAGCUGUGAUCGAGAAAUUUCCUGUCGAGGGGAACGGAUACGAGAUUAUUACCAAAAGCAGCAGGGUUAUGCUGCCUGUCAAACAACAAAGAAAGUGUCCCGCUUGGAAUGUAAAGGCGGGUGUGCUGGUGGGCAGUGCUGUGGACCUCUGAGGAGCAAGAGGAGGAAAUAUUCUUUUGAAUGCACAGAUGGAUCCUCAUUUGUGGACGAGGUUGAGAAGGUGCUGAAGUGUGGCUGCACCAGGUGCGCAUCCUAAAUGCGUCUCCAGCAGCUUCUGUCUUUGGCAAAGGUUGUACACUUCUUGACCGUGUUGGACUAAUUCAUGCUUCAUAGUGGAAAUAUUUGAAAUAUAUUGUAAAAUACAGAACAGACUUAUUUUUAUUAUGAGAAUAAAGACUUGUCUGCAUUUGGAAAAAUAAUAAUAAAAGACGUGCUUGACCUAAGGCUUCCCUGACACUGGAAAAGUGUGAAGAAAGUUAUGCAUGGAGGCAUUAAAAUGAUGGGAACCAUUGCCAUAUGGAUCCAUCUCUGGAACAUGCUAAGACAGCAGAAGCACAUACACAAGAGACUGACACGCAACUGCACACUAAUGUGAGAUUGCACAGAGCAUAAAACCUGUGACCCCCUUCAUAUCAAUGCAGUUCACAAUGACACAUCAAGCACAUGUGUGUGAGUGGGCUGUGAGGCAGGGGGAUGGGACUCCAGAACCUACAGACAGAGCAAAGGGAUGAGAAAUAUUUUGUGCAAGACAGAAAGUAUCCUGAUGUCUGGGUUCCAUUCACAAGAGGAAAUGGGUGUGGAGUGCUGUGAUACAAUUACUUCCUUUUUAAACAAUAGCAUGUUGGCAAGGCGGCACACAAGGGUGUUGAUCUACCAUUUUCCAGUAUUAAUUUUUUGUAAUAUAAAUGAUAAAGGAGAUGACAAAGAACCAAUAGAUUAUUGAUAAAUAAAUUAGUAAUAAUAUGAAUUUUUGUUUCUAUGAGUUCUAAAUAGCCCUAUACAGUAUUCAGUUUCAAUGAGGACUAUUUAUUGUAUCAAAGUACAUUGUACUUAACAUUUUAGAUCAUCCUUUUGCUGUUUCUCAAUGCUUUAAUAUAUAUUAAUUUAUAAUCAUCCUGAUAUUUUUGUACAUUUUCAAACUUAAAAAAAAAAUCAGGAUUUUUUUUUUUGCAAUAGUACUAACAUAGGAUGUCAUUUUGUUAUCCUGGGAUAAACGUGUAUUGUUCUGUUGGUUGACCUUGACAGCUGACCACUUUUAUGGCCUUGUUCAGGACACUUGCAGAGGGCUGGCAAAAUCUAAGAGUUGAAACACCCAAGUGUACCCAUCUGCACCAGGUCUUCACAGGGGAAAACAUGUUCCGUAGCAGUCAAAAGUAGGCGGGAAGACUUUUUACAAAUCAAUGUUUCCCUGACAUGUUUUGCUCUUUUAUUGGGGAGGGUGGGAGAAGAAAGACUGUUAUGUCAAAACCUGUAAUUCUUCUCCAGACAAUAAAAAUCCUUUAUUACCGUACUGUUCCCAUGAUAACAUGUUUGCUGCUGAAUUCAGUGUAGAGGUGAUAAUGAUUUAUAGUAGACUGUGCUCUUCUCUUAUCAAAAUCCCAGGGUGCCCUGUGAAGAUGCAGAUGUUUCUUCAGAAAAAAAUACCACUUUUUUAACAAAGAAUAUUAGAUGUACAUGUAUAAUUCAAUGUGCAUUGUCUUUCUCCAGACUAAUAUCAGUUACACUACUGAUGUUUGUAAAUUAAACAAAUGUCUACUUCAUUAA